AUGGCUCACACAACCUAUCCCACACCGGUACCCCAAUUUCAAGCCGUACACUCUUUUGACCCAUCUCUACCACAACCAUCCGCCCACAUUCAGUUGUCGAUGUCUCCCUAUCCACAAUUGAGCGGCACACCUCAAUUUGUUUUUCCAGCUCACCGUCGAUAUUCUUCAUUUCCUCACAUUUCGACCUCUUUCCCCGAUCUUGCUGCUGACAGAACGGCCACGGAGCAGCCCUCGUUCAAUGACCAUGAGGCAUCAUAUCAGCAGCUCAAUUUCUUUGAGGGUCAGCACGGAUGCGCCUUCAAAGUGGAAGAUUCGCCACCGAUUCUGUUCGAAGCUUCAUGUGAAGUCAGCCUUGUGUCAGGGCAGACCCAUGUAGAUGAGGGCUACACUCAAUGCCCCACCGGUUCGCAAGAACGCACCUCAGUCAAAUCGUCCUCGUCGGUUUGUGGAUCUAGUGACGCUGACUCCGACGCCGAUUCGGAAGCUGCACCAUCCCCUUUACCGAAACGGGGGAAGGCGUGUUGUGGAGCGAUUCGGGGUGGCGGUAGGUGGAAAGCUCAAGAUCCAGAGAGCCGUUUUGUCAUUUGCAAAUAUGGCGAACGAGAGGGUCAGAUAUGCGGUGCCAUCAUCAAGGUGUUCCGUGGUAGACGCUCCCAGCUACAAAACCACUUGUACGAGGUUCACUGGAACGGCGAUAAAACCGGCACAGCAGAAUGUUUAUGGGGCCCUCCGAAUCACGCUUGUCCAAGCGAAGUGCCUAUGAAGAAGGAGGCAAUGGCGCGCCACAUCCUCGACAGUCCGCAUUCAUUUGGUGACCGCGACGACGAACCAGCUCGCAAGAUAGUUUUCAAUGAUUUUUUGUGCCCCUAUUGCGGUAAAUCCUUCUGUCGCUCCGACUCAAUGUUUCGUCACGUCACAUUCAACAGGAAUGAAGACGUCGUCCGGAAGGUCGCGAUGGAGGUUUUGGAGAAUAUUGGGAGACGUGAAUUUUUCAAAAUUGUAUUUGGCUGUAUUUAA